AACAUUACGCGUUCAAAGUACUGACGAUCAAUCAAACUGAGCAAACCUUAAUAGGAAGAGAGGGGGAGGGAGAUGGGGAGACUGUUUGUUGUGAAUCUCGAGGGGAAAAUCUAUAGCUGUAAGCAUUGUGGAACACAUCUUGCUCUUUCUGAGCAUGUAGAGUCCAAGGCCUUCCAGUGCAAACAUGGAAAGGCUUACCUCUUCAGACAGGUAGUUAAUAUAAUUUCCGGGAAGAAUGAAGACAGAAUGAUGACGACAGGAUUGCAUACUGUCGCAGACAUCUUCUGUGUUGGUUGUGGAUCAAUUGUUGGCUGGAAAUAUGAAACUGCUUAUGAGAAGGAUCAGAAGUACAAAGAAGGGAAAUCCGUCCUUGAAAGGUAUAAGAUUUCCGGCCCCGAUGGAAACAACUACUGGAUCAAUCAUGAAGCACAUGCCGUAGGAAGUGAUGGUGAUGAUGCGUGAUCACCUUUUAGGAUCCCAUUCCAUAUUGUUCUUGUAUAUACAAUUUCUCAUAUCUGAUUAGUAUCUUUAGCUUGUCAAGUCUCUUGUAUACCCCCAAAGGAUAACCGUUUUCUGUAAGCUAUUCAUGAUACGUAUGAAUUUCAACAAGCAUUUUAUGCAUGCUUGAAUCAGUUUAUACAUUCCUAAUUAAUCAAAUUUUCUCACUGUAAUGCUAAUUUAGUGAUAAUAACUGUUUACCAGGGUUAUUGUUUUCUUUGGUGUUUUUAGCUGUUAUUUCGAGAAAUAGAUCCCGGCACUGGCUUUGGAAUUAUGUUGAAUGAACAUUUAGCAUUGAAUCGAGGCCAAGAAUGCAGAACAAGAGUUAGAUCGGUUAGUUGUGCAUAAAAGGUCCACAGAGAAGAAAGGAACUGAAAAAUUGGAGUGCGGGUUGUGUGAGCACCACGUGCAUGGGUGUGUGCACAAAUAAAAUUUUCGGACUUGCUGACACCCGCGCACGGUGGUGCGCACAUACAUGGACCUCCACAUGUAGUGCACAUGGGCAUAUGCAUGUAAUUUAUGCUUUAUUUAGAAGUUCCUAAUUAUGAUCUUCACACCUCUAUUUUUCAUAGAGUUUAGCUUGGGAACAACAUAAUUUGGAGUAUCAUCUAUUAUGUCAUUCUUUUGAGUAGUUUACUCUGACAAUUCUAUAGUUCUUUCAAUUAUGUACUGUGAG